GGAGCCCGGCGGCCCGUAGCAUACCUUGGUGGAUCAAGUGGGGACUGAGUUUGUUUGGAGAUAUACGCAGAAAGACUGGGAAAACUUUGGUUAUACUUUCAUAUCCAUGACAAUUAUCAGGGGCCCUUCAGAGAGGCUUCUGGGAAUCUUGCCAUGUUCAAGGCAGUGCUGAAGAAGAACAGAGAUGGAGGCAAGGGGAGCAAGAAGGACUCAGGUGAUGUUCACAGCCACAGUGCCCAAAGAAGAUUCCCACUGGAGACCAACCCUCUACUCCAGGGGCCGGGCGGCGGGCACCCUAACGUCCCUGACGAUGUUUUCAGAUUAAGCCUCGCCAAGGGAGUGUCCAUGUCCCUUCCAUCCUCCCCUCUCCUGCCACGACAGUCCUACAUGAUGCCCUUACGCCCGAGCAAGAGAUCACCAGGUCCAAUCAGGAAGCCCAAAUAUGUGGAGAGUCCUCGUGUUCCUUCUGAUGCCAUCGUUUCAGCGCUGAGGAAGGUGGCCGAUAACAAUG